AUGGCGACCGAGAUAGAAGUGGACAGUGAGGAGAUGCAACCGGAAACUGCUUACUCUAACCUCAAGACACUGACCACCGGUGCAUUCGGCAAAAUUCUCUUGAUGAGAGCGAAGACUGGCAAUGUUCAGUACGCCGCCAAAGUGAUGAAUGUGGACCCGGGCAGUGUUCUGCAAAAGGCGGCUCGGAAUGAAAUGAACGCACUUUUCCGGUUGCAACACGAAAAUAUCAUAUUCGUCAAAGAAAUGUUUGUUUGCAGAAGUGGUAACGCUGUCUGGAUUGUGAUGGAGCUAGCAGAUUGGGGAAACUUAGAAGAUCACAUGAGAACAUCGGGCCCGCUCUCUGACGAAAGAUUGACGAGUUACGUUUCUCAGCUAUCACGGUGCAUGGAGUUUGUUCACUCAAACCAAUACUCUCAUGGGGACGUCACACCCAGGAACCUCCUUCUUUUCUCCUCCGGUCUGUUGAAGUUAACAGAUUUUGGUCAGUCGUUACAUUGUCCGAGAGACGAACAGCCUGUCUCUGUGGCGGAGAUAAUCGGGGAUCCUAGGUAUCUAGCCCCUGAGAUACUCCGGGGCUCCAAGUAUUACCCACAAGCAGCAGACGUGUGGAGCACGGGAUGCUGUGUCUACUUCAUGUUCACCUGCAAGCACUUAUAUCAGGGAAAUGAAAAUGACAUCAAGCGAUGUCAAAUGAAGGGCCAGGUUUUCUACCCAGGAGAGAGGUUUUAUCAAAACAAGUACGCUAAAAUGAGAGAAAUUGUAUCACGACUAACACGGUAUGACCCAGUAUCUCGGCCCGCCUUUGGUCAAUGGUCUGUCAGCGGUCUUGCCAGUUAUGUGGAGGAAAUUCUUUGCACAAGCAGCCGUAUGUGUUUUGAUGAAAGUGCUUAA